CGCCACUCGCGUGACGAACGCCUGGUUCGAAAUACAACCCGGAAGUGGACGUCCAUUGCCAGGAGAAGCAGAUUUGUAAAUAUCAGGCGGACUUUGUGGUGUCCUCAGUCUUGCUCGGUCAUCGAGUGGCGGCGCAGAGGAGGAGGAAGAAGAAGAGGAAGAGGGAAAAGAAGAAGAAGAAGAGAGUCGUCCUCGUCUCACUGUGCUCGUGUAGCAGCUAGCUAAGCAGCUAGCUAGCGAUGAACACGGACGUGGAAUUCCACAUCAGGCAGAAUUAUCCGUGGACUAAACUUCCCGCCAACGUCAAGCAGUGUUUGGGGAACUCUCAGCGCGAGUACGAGAAACAUGUCCUGCUCUACAGCAUCCGCCACCAGCUGCGCUUCCGCAAUAACUUAGUGCGCCACGUGAAGAAGGACGAGCGCAAGUACUACGAGGAGCUGCUGAAGUACAGCCGGGACCACCUGAUGCUGUACCCCUACCACCUGUCUGACAUCAUGGUCAAAGGGCUGCGAGUCACGCCCUUCUCCUACUACAUCGGCAUCAUGGAGGACAUCAUGAACAGUGAGAAGAGUUACGACUCCUUGCCCAACUUCACUGCUGCUGACUGUCUGAGGCUGCUGGGCAUCGGCAGGAACCAGUACAUAGACCUGAUGAACCAGUGCCGCUCCUCUAAGAAAUUCUUCCGCAAGAAAUCGGCCCGGGAUCUUCUCCCUGCCAAACCUGUGGAGAUCUCAGUGGAGCCCUGGUGGGUGGCCCAGACGGGCUACAUCACGGAGGAUGACAUCAGGUGCUGCUCUCCAGCCGAGAAGAAAGCUAUCGAUAAGAUGAUUGAUUCUGGCCCUCAGCUGGCUGGAUCAAUGGAGUACAACGUGGGCUUAAGUCUGUACAACCGCGGCUUCAUCUACCUGGAUGUUCCUAUCUCAGAUGACAGCUGUAUCUCCGUGCCCCCUCUGGAGGGUUUUGUGAUGAACCGGGUGCAGGGAGACUACUUUGAGACGCUGCUCUACAAGAUCUUCGUGUCCAUCGACGAGCAGACCAACGUAGCAGAGCUGGCCAACGUGUUGGAGAUAGACCUGGACCUGGUGAAGAAUGCCGUGUCUAUGUACUGCCGCCUGGGCUUCGCCGUGAAGAAAGGUCAGGUGAUCAGCUCGGAGCAGCUCCACCCCACCUGGAAGAACGCUCCCUCCCUCAACAGGCUGAAGAGCACCAUGGACCCUCAGAAGAUGUUACUCUCCUGGGAGCAGGGCAGCCCCGUGAUGGAGGGAGGCUCCUCUGCCACCGACACUGACACCACCAGUCUGGAGGACCAAGCGGACACAGCCAGCGUCAGCAGCCUCAGCAUCCCGGCCGCCCCCACCAAGAGGAUCGCCUUCCUCUUCGACUCCACGCUGACGGCCUUCCUCAUGAUGGGCAACCUGUCCCCGAACCUGAAGAGCCACGCCGUGACCAUGUUUGAGGUGGGCAAGCUCUCCGACGAGACCCUGGACAGCUUCCUGGCCGAGCUGGAGAAGGUGGAGAGCACAGCAGAGGGUGAGGCUCAGCGCUACUUUGACCACGCCCUCACCCUGAAGAACACCAUCCUCUUCUUACGCUACAACAAGGAACUCACUCAGGACCAGGGACCGGACAUCCCCAACAUAGGAUUUCCCUUGGACAUGCUGCGCUGUGAGAGUCUCCUGGGUCUAGACCAGGCCACCUGCAGCAGAGUCCUCAACAAGAACUACAAGCUGCUGGUCUCCAUGGCACCGCUCAGUAAUGAGAUCAGACCCAUCAGCAGCUGCACACCCCAGCACAUAGGACCAGCCAUCCCUGAGGUGAGCUCCAUCUGGUUCAAACUCUACCUGUACCAUGUGACCAGACAAGGCCCGCCCUCACUGCUGCUGUCCAAAGGCUCCAGGCUGCGCAAACUGCCCGACAUUUUCCAGGUGUACGACAGGUUGUUGAUCACGUCCUGGGGUCACGACCCUGGAGUGGUGCCCACGUCCAACGUGCUGACCAUGCUCAACGACGCUCUCACGCACUCUGCUGUGCUCAUCCAGGGUCAUGGCGUGCACGGCCACGGAGAGACGCUCCACGUCCCCUUCCCCUUUGACCAGGAGGAGCUGAAGGGAGACUUCUCCUACUCCAACAUGGCGGUGCACAAAGCUCUGCGCACGCUCAGGGAGCACGUGGACCUGGACCACCAGUGUGGCUACGUCACCAUGCUCAACUGCAACAACAGGCACCGCCGCAGGCCCAGCGACACCUUGGAGUGCACAGGUGACACACACCUGGGAGGAGGCGUGGACACCAACGGCAGCACAGAAUCCUUUGAGUUGGUGACAGAAGAUGGUCAGAGUGACAGUCUGUCGUGUGAAGAGCAGUGGGUGCCCUUGGAGCUCUGCUUUGGUGUGCCGCUCUUCAGCUCCGAACUCAACCGCAGAGUCUGCAGCAAGGUCGCCGCCCACAAGCUGUGCUGCAGCGACAGCCUCCAAGAGCUGCUUCACUCCAGCAGGAAACUGUCCCUCAACGUGCUGAGCUUUGUUCAGACCUUCCAGGACGGCGCCGCCCCCUGCGACCCCGACAGCGGCGUGACCGACCCCCUCAGCCGACCCCCCGCCGAGUCGGGCGUGCCGCUGCCCGCCCUCAACCUGCUGUACAAGGACGGGCAGCUGCGGGAGUGGAGUGGGCGGGCCCCUCCCCCACUGGACAUGUCGGCGCUGCAGCGUCAGGCCAGCACGUAGGAGACCCUCCAUUCCGGCACGUAGGAGACCCUCCAUUCCGGCACGUAGGAGACCCUCCAUUCCGGCACGUAGGAGACCCUCCAUUCCUUUCAUUUUGUGCAGCGUCAGGCCAGCACGUAGGAGACCCUCCUCUUCCUUUGAUGUUCUGGGACCACCUGUGUCGUCUGGUGAGAUGAUUGCAUGAUGUCAUCCUUCUUCUUCUCCUCCUCCAAAGCACACUUCUUUCCACACUUUUCUUUCACUCGCCGCUAGAAGGGAAAUGAAGGUUCCAGCAUGACGACUCUGUAACACCUGUCCCUUCACAAUAAGAGCCCCCAUAGGCCUGCAAAGAAUGGAGCCUCCAUGUAGACGUUUAUUCACUAGUUUCAAUGUUUUAUCAGCAAAAAGGACGCGGUCCUUCCUGUAUGAAGCCCCGCCCACAAGCUGUCGUCUUUGCCAAAGUGUUAGCACUUCUUUGUAGUAGUCAAGUCCACCCAUCGCUCAUCUUCUCAUUCUUGCAGAGAAAUAAUAAAGAUGUCACGCCUUACAGGAGGCUUUUAUUCUGAAGUCCAACAUCUCUUGGCUCACCUUUCCCGGCAGGUGGAACACAAACGUAAAAAAAAACAAAUCUUCUUCAAUUAAAGAAACAAUUUGCACGAAAAAAAAAAUAAUUUGCCAGUAAAAAAAAAACAACACCAUUUUCUUCACAUAAAAAUGGAUUUGCAAUGAAAAAAACAUAUUACUAACUUCACAAGUAAAAAGUACUCAUUUCUAUCUUAAAAAAAAAAAAAACUAUUUGCAAGAAAAAAUGUUUCACAAGUAAAAAAAAAAAAAAACUGAAAAAAAUGUCUGCAAUUAAAAAAAACGCAUUAAAGAAAAAUGAUUCCAUGAAAAAAAAAAGAUUCACAAGAAAAAAAAAGGUUUGUCAAGUAUACAACAAUGAAUGAUCUUCAAGUAAAAGACAUAAUUGCAAGUAAAAAGAGGAUUGUAACAACAAUCAUCUUCAAGUACAAACCCCUGGCGAGUCAAAGAUGAAAGUAACAUUGAGUCUACAACAACAGGUGGCGCUGCUGAGUCACGUGACUCUUAUUUGCCAGCAACAAUAACAAAGAAGAAGAAGAAGAGUCAAAUGUUGGACAGGACAAGCUCAACCUGUAAGUUAACACAUUUGAUUAUCUCCUCGUAAAUUAAUAUUUAAUAUAAUAUGAUGUAAUGCUUUUUAUACUGUACUUUUUAUUGUAUGUACUGUAUGUGAGUACUUUUUCUUGUAUGUACUGUAUGUGAGUACUUUUUCUU